AUGUCUUGGGACGAGGAGAAACAACAUGGCCUCGCUGAAGAGAUCAUUACCGAGGCACCUUCACAAUUGCCACAACGACCUCUAACAACACAAGAGAAACUCGAAGCCACCCGAUUCGACUCGAGGACAAUCCACUCCCGAGACGCGUCUUCAAGCAACAAUGGCUUGGAGUCUCACAUUCAACCACAUACCAGCAUCCUCUCCCGUCUACGCAACAUCGAAGCAACGCUCGAUCGAAGAUUAGGCGUCGAAUCCGAAGCCAUCGACCGCAAGUUGCCCGAAGACCGCAGACCCCAACCAUGGCACGCCCAACUGAACAUGGCCUUGAUCUGGACCUCCGGAACCAUGAACAUCAGCUGUUUCGCGACGGGAUUCAUCGGCUGGCAAUUCGGUCUCAGUCUCAGGCAGUCGAUCUUGAUCACCGUCUUCGGCUCGUUGCUCGGUGGCGCCGUGUCUGGCUUCUGUGCGACGAUGGGUGCGCCGACCGGUUUGCGACAGAUUUCGAUAUCGCGGUAUAGCUUUGGGUGGUACCCGAAUAAGAUCGUCGCGGCGUUGAAUACGAUUCAGCAGUUGGGUUGGAGUGCGGCGGGGUGUAUCACCGGUGGACUUGCGUUGACGGCAGUCUCGAACGGGAGGGUCUCGGUUGUGGUGGGGAUCAUCAUCAUCGCUACUUGCAGUCUGGUGAUUAGCUUCAUCGGACUGCGAGCGAUUCUGGUGUAUGAGAAGUACGCAUGGUUCAUAUAUCUCAUAGUCUUCCUCAUCAUCUUCGGCCAAGUCGGUCCCCACGCCGACAACAGCACUCCCUCCUCCCUGACCGGCGCAGACCUAAGCGGCGCAGUCCUCUCCGUGCUCGCCAUAGUCUACGGCUCCUCCGCCGCCUGGGCCACCAUCGCCUCCGACUACUACGUCCAAUAUGCCGUAGACGUCUCCCGCACCAAAGUCUUCCUCAUGACGACCUUCGGAAUCGCCCUGCCCACAUCCAUCGGCAUGGUCGCCGGGUGCGUCGUCUCCUCCGCCAUGAACAACAACCCAUCAUGGAAAACUGCAUACGAAGAACAAGGACUCGGAUACCUCAUCGCCGACGUCCUCCAUCCCUCCGGCUUCGCAAGUUUCAUCCUCGUCCUCCUCGUCCUCUCCGUGAUCGGCACAAAUGUGCUAGCACUCUACUCCGCUGGCUUAUCCUGCCAACAAUUCGCACGGCCGUUCGCCAAGGUUCCACGCUUUCUCUGGACUCUCGCCUGUUUCGGAGUCAUCAUUGCUCUCGCGCUGGCUGGCCGCAACUCCUUGCUCGCAUACCUGCAGAACUUCCUUAGUCUACUGGGGUACUGGUGUACGAGCUACUUCGUUAUCGUGUUCAGCGAACACUUCGUCUUCAGGAAAGGUGACUUUGCGAACUAUGAUCUGGACGGGUGGAAUACGCCGGCGAGAUUGCCGGUGGGGUGGGCGGGACUCAUGGCGUUUAUGUUGGGAGUCGUGGUGUGGGUGUUGGGGAUGGUGCAGACGUGGUUUGUUGGGCCCAUUGCGAGGACGAUUGGGACGAGUGGAGGGGAUGUGUCGAAUCAGAUGUGUUUUGUUGUGACGUUGGUGAGUUAUGUGCCGGCGAGGUGGUUGGAGUAUAAAUUUUUCGGACGAUGA